CGACACACACACACACUCGGCAAUUAAAUCUGCACUAAAGCAGCGCAGCGCGUCUUCCGAACUUCCACUGGAAGGAAAAGCGGAUUUGUGCAGGGGCCAAGCGGGCUUGUACAUUAACUCCAUGCUGAAUGAAUGCACUUUGGAUCAAUGAUCACCUCUAACAAGCACUCAUUCUGACAAGAUGGCAUGGAGAUGUAGCGGAAAUAGCAAUCAUGAACUGCUGUCAAAUAUGCGUUCAGCAGGUUUGAUCAAAACAAACACUGUCUUUCAAGCAAUGCAAAAAGUGGAUAGAAAAUGUUAUGUCCCUGUUCAGAAAGAUGCUUACCUUGACAGUCCUCAAUCUAUAGGCUAUGGAGCAACAAUCUCUGCUCCCCAUAUGCAUGCUUAUGCUGUGGAAGCACUUCUGCCAUUUUUGAACAAAGGUGGAAAAGUGUUGGAUAUCGGAAGUGGAAGUGGAUAUACAAUGGCAAUCUUUUGGCAUUUAGUCAAAGGAGAGAAUGCAUACGUCUUGGGGAUUGAUCAUCUCAAACCAUUGGUGGACAUGGCACGAUCAAAUUUGCAGAAAGACGGACUUGAGAAAGAGCUACAAGAAGGUGUCCUGGAAGUGAUGGAGGCAGAUGGACGAUUAGGAUAUCCACAAAGAGGUCCUUAUUCUGCUAUUCACGUUGGUGCGGCUGCGAGUACGAUUCCUGAACCUUUGAUCGAACAACUUGCUAAACCUGGAAGGAUGUUCAUUCCCGUUGAGGAUCCAAACGGGCUAGGACAGGAUAUCUGGCACGUUGAUAAAGAUGAACAGGGUAAAAUCACAAAGGAGAAACAGUUCGGUGUAAUGUAUGUGCCAUUGACCGAUGCAAAGAAGCAAUGGCCUGUCUCUGUGUAAAAAGGGUGGUAAAGUCAAUAUUUAUUGUAUCAUAUCUUCUCUCAUUACGAUUCAUUUUGAUAAGGC